UGAUUUUGAUUUCAUAAUGAGAUUUGUCGGUAUAUAACUCCGCUUAAUAACAUUAUGUUCCAUGAUUUUCAUUUUAGAAAAAUUUUGAGAAAUGUCUAACCUAGUAAUAUCACCAAAUGAAAAAUACCUUGUUGUUUACAACGAAGAAGUUCUUUCGGUUUCCAGGAGGGAUGUUGAAAAUAUGACGGAAGAUUAUUCUAAACUCAUUGAUAAUAAAAUCAACCAAAUUUGUGUUUCCGAUAAUAAGGAACUUGUUUAUAUUGAUGAUGGAAACGAAUUAAUUCAAAAGGCGAUUUUAUUUUAUACGGUGAAUUUUAUUUUGAUACUUACGAUUAUAAAAAUAUUAUUUGGGUCUUUUCAACACAAACUAAAAAUAACAAGUGGAUGUGUAAAAAAGUUUACAUGGUACCCGACGAUUUUAAACCAUUACAUCAUAUAUCAAAACAUGAUAAAUUUUAUCUAUUUUCAAAUAAUUACAUUUAUGAAUGGAAUAUCCUUACCGGAGAAUCAAUCAGAAGCAUAUUUGUAAACGAGAAUGAGUUUAAAGCAGUAGAUCUUAAUAUUACAAGUAAUGAAAAGUUUAUUUGCUUGAGAAUCAAAGAUAAAAUCAAAGAUGAAAUCAAAGA